AUGGGAGUGAAUAACGAGCUGCACAUGGUGUCCUUGCGACGAGGCCUCCAACUGAUGCGUCGAGUCAACUUUGACCUCACUCGUCUGUGCCGAUGUUCAGUGAAGAGCAGUUGUACUGCUCUGGCAGGCGGUUGCGCCAAUGGCACUGCUGACGACGUCUCACAGAUGUCAGCUGAAGUUGCCGCGUGUAUGAUGGAGUCGGCACAUUCCACUCCUGCCAUCGUGAUGCCACAGCCAUCCACCCUCACACCACCUUCAAACGCCCGUCGGUCGACAUCAGCGUCGGUGGACACGGUUUGCAGGGAGGAUACAGGAUCGCAGAAUGUGACUCCAAACUCGCACUCGCACUCACAAUCACACUCCCAUUCCCUCUCCUCCUUCCCACUGACCCCGCCGCCCUCCCUCGCCCUGUGGACCCUUCACAGGGUGGAGGCGUGGCUUUGCGACAUCGAUCUGCCCGAGUACGUAUCGGCGCUUCACAAUAGCGGUCUUCAUGGGGCUCUUCUGGUAUACGAGGAUCGAUUCACGGUGGAGACACUGGCAGAUCUGCUGGACAUAGGACCAGAGCGAACACUGUUGCGUCGUCACUUGUGGGAGGAGUUUGCCAACCUCCUUGAUUCCUACCUCCGUCAACGCAAACAGCACUGCGCCAGCAAGGACAGCAGUGUUGGUGCUGCACCUGCCCUCAACCCGGCCACGAAGCUGAAGCAAGAACCGUGGGACGGUGAGCGAGAUGUAGGAGAUGGUGGCACUGUCGGUAUGGAGGUCGACUCGAUGGAGGUGAGGUAA